AUGUCUAAAAACAGCAGAAGGGGGAGAAACUAUCAAAAAUAUAAUGAUGGAUAUCCAGUUAAUCAGCAAAACCGUGGAAGGAAUUAUCAAAAAAACACAUAUGCUAAUGAAUAUCAUGAGGAGUAUGCCGAGUUACAAGAUGAGAGGUAUGGAAAUGCGCCACCGAAUAGAAAUAUAGGAAAGCAAAGGUUCAACAAUCGUAAUGCUGGUGGGAGAUUACCAACUGGUCCUAGAGGAUUCCAAGCCGAACCAAACGAAACAUACCAAAACGAUGAACCUAAUUACAAAAGAAGAACAGAGCAUGAUCAAUACUAUUCAAAGAGUAACUACAAGCAAAGGAGGUAUCCUAAUGAAUACUACGAGCAUGGGUAUCAUCAUGAUAAUGGCUAUAACACCGGCGUUCCAAUAGAUCGAGAUGCCGACGAUGAUGAUGAUGUUUUUCACCAACUUACAAAUUCGAGUAGGAAACCUGCACCUUCGUCUCUGUCGAUAUCAUCUUCAACUAAGGGGCAAGAGAAGCCCGAUCUUUUCAAAUAUAUGGUCAAAUGUAAUAUCACGGGGAGUGUACAUGAAAGAAUCCAACAAGUCGGUGAAGGUACUUAUGGAAAGGUCUAUAAGGGUAAAAACCUUAUCACUGGUGAGUUGGUGGCAUUAAAAAAGCUCAGACUUGAAGCAGAAAGAGAAGGUUUCCCAAUAACAUCGCACAGGGAAAUUGGUUUACUGCAAUCUUUUGACCAUGAAAAUAUUGUUGGUUUGUCAGAGAUUAUGGUAGAGAAAAACCAAGUUUUUAUGAUAUUUCCAUACAUGUCCCACGACCUGAGUGGUAUCUUACAGCAAUCGAAUAUCCAAAUAUCACUGGGAGAAAAGAAAAAUAUGUUCCAGCAGCUAUUAAAGGGAAUUGAGUACCUGCAUUCUAAAAGAGUCAUUCACCGAGACAUAAAGGGCUCAAAUAUCUUGAUAAGUAACGACGGUGUAUUAAGAAUAACGGAUUUUGGUUUGGCAAGAAUGAUGAAGAACAUAGAUGAAAAUUUAGUUUCCCCAAACUACACAAAUAGAGUCAUUACUUUAUGGUAUAGGCCGCCUGAAAUUUUGCUUGGUUCUACUGACUAUGGAAGAGAAGUUGAUAUCUGGGGAAUUGGGUGUAUUUUAGUAGAAUUGUUCACCAGAAGAGCAAUUUUUCAAGGCAAUAACGAAAUUGACCAGCUACUUAAAGUUUAUGAUACUAUGGGAACGAUAAAGACAAAUGAAUGGCCAGAUGCAUUCAAGUUACCUUGGUUUGAGAUCAUGCGUCCUAACUACAAAUCCGAUUCCAAAUUUAAAGAGAGGUUUGGGUCACUGUUGUCACCUCAGUGCUAUGAUCUUGCCUUACAGCUACUGCGAAUGAAUCCAAAAAAGAGAAUGACUGCUUCUGGGGCACUACGCCAUCCAUAUUUCAAGGAGGAUCCGCCAGUUUGCCCAUUGAACUUUUUGAAAACUGUAAAGGGGGAAUGGCAUGAAUUUGAAGCCAAACAAAAGAGAAGAUACUUGCAAAAACAAGCCAAACAGCAACAACAACAGCAGCAGCAGCAGCAGCAGUUGGUGCAAAAAUCGUGA